GCUGUGUGGAGGUCAGACAGCUGGAGAGGGGCCUGCAGUCCAUGCUGCUGCAGCUCCAGUUCCUCUUGGGCAAAGCUGAUUACUUAGAAGACCUCCUCAUCAACGGAAAAUGUGAUUCAGAAAGUCAGAGUCCCACUGAAGAAGUCCAAAGAUUUCUGUUCACCUGUCAGCCGUACUUUAACUACGUGGAAUCCAUGACGAGGAAGAAAGCGUCGCCCCACACUCCUCUGCCCUUUGAGAUCCACACCAGGCUGUUGGACUUCUCUCAGCAGCUGUGUGACAGGUUGGAGCAGCUGGUGUUGACCUGCGCCAGCUACAAUCUCGUCUGUUUGGACGACGCAGAGCCUAACAGCAUCUCUCACUUCUGCAUCGGUCAGAGUCAGCUCGGUCGGCUGAGGCUCACCGUGUUUCGCUAUUGUAAGCCGAUGCCGUACCUGUCCCGGGUGGACACGGGCGUGUACAAACAAAUGCGCUGGAACGUGGAGAGACUCCGAGAGGACGUGCAGCCGCUCCAACAAGACGGGGGGGAGAGAGAGGAAGAACCAGUCGGCGACACAGAGUAUUACUUCCUGUGCUGUGAGGAUGUUCCAAACUCGCACACAGACGCUGACUGGGAAAGCCAAAGUGCGUCAGAUGGUGACGUCCUGAGGGUGUGGUCCAUCGGUCAGUGGGUGCAGGUGUUCCCUGACACAAACACAGAGGACAUCUACGACUGGAUCAUGUGUGAGGUUCCUCAGGGCUCCUACUUCAGGCUCCUGUCUCUUGGCGGUGACGAGCCGUCGAGCUGCAGCGCUACGGACCAACUGCUCAAGCUGCUUUUGUCACGCCACGAUACAGAGUGAUGUCACAACGUCUGUCUCCACUCAGGAGGGUGUGUGUGAACGGGGACCUCGAGCUAAAGCUAGCUACGAAGCAGACGUGUUCAGUUCUGUGAGUUUUAAAGGUUAAACAAAAAUAUGUCGGAGAGCUGCGGUGCCUUCAGGAGCGGUCCAGUUCUCCAUAUUUAAAGCCAAAGAGGCAUCCGUUUGUUAAAGUUUCCUUCUGUUGCGUUUGUGGCAUCACGUCCGUUUUACAGAUCUUUGCUGCACAGCUUUCGUUUCUUUCUUCUGUUCAGAGCGUUCAUGUUGUGAAUUUUAAAAAGCUUGUACAUAUUUUGAAGUUUUAUAUAUUUCUACAGUUUGCAUGUCGUGUUGUGAAGAAGUCAACGAGUGUUAUUAUAAAAAGAAACAUUUUAUUUACAUGAAACAUCGCAUUGAAAUAAUUACACAACAAUCACAGAUUUUCUGUCCUUCACAAAGUUUGAAACAAGGAAAACUUUUACAUCUUCAGACGAGCUGCCGCGAUUCGAGAGCCAGUUCACUUCAACCCCCCCCCCCCCCA